UGGCCACGGGCGGGCGCAUGUGCGAAUGUUUGGGUUAAGGCCGCGGACAAACCGGGCCAGUGAGGCGAACGCACAAGACUUUCUUCUAGAACUGUUUGCAGCCUUGCAGUGACUAAGACAUCGGAGAAAGUGAAAUAUACAAGUAAAUUUGGAAAGUCACAUCAUCAACACUAAAAGAAGCUCAUAGAGUGAAAGAAGCCUCGCUGCGAGGAGACACUCAUCAACUCAUCAUGAAAUAUAUAUUAGUUACUGGUGGAGUUAUAUCUGGCAUUGGGAAAGGUGUCAUAGCAUCCAGCAUUGGCACAAUUCUCAAGCACUGUGGCCUGCGGGUAACUUCUAUCAAAAUUGAUCCCUAUAUCAAUAUUGAUGCUGGAACUUUCUCACCAUAUGAACAUGGGGAAGUUUUUGUUUUGGAUGAUGGAGGAGAGGUGGACCUUGACUUGGGUAACUAUGAACGCUUCCUCGAUGUUACUCUGCAUCGUGACAACAAUAUUACCACUGGCAAGAUCUAUCAAUCUGUUAUCAACAAGGAGCGAAGAGGAGACUAUUUAGGCAAGACUGUACAGGUGGUGCCACACAUCACAGAUGCCAUCCAGGAAUGGGUGGAGACAGUGGCUCAUCGUCCUGUAGAUGGUGAGAUGGCUGAGCCUGAAGUGUGCAUCAUAGAGCUAGGAGGCACUAUUGGAGACAUUGAAGGCAUGCCUUUUGUAGAGGCAUUCCGUCAGUUCCAGUUUAGAGUCAAGAGGGAAAAUAUAUGUCUUGUGCAUGUAUCCCUGGUGCCUCAGCCAUCCUCCACUGGGGAACAUAAGACCAAGCCCACACAAGCCAGUGUGCGGGAAUUACGUGGGCUUGGCCUCUCUCCAGAUUUCAUUGUUUGCCGUUCAGAAAAACAAGUUGAUGCAGCCAUCAAAAAUAAGAUAUCCAACUUCUGUCAUGUAUCACCUGAACAGGUUAUAUGUCUGCAUGACGCUCAAAGCAUCUAUGCAGUUCCACUUAUGUUGGAAGAGCAACAGAUGUCACACUUGCUGAGUGACCGUUUAAACUUAAACCUGGAUGGUCGUCGGCCAAGAAAGUUUUUGAAGAAGUGGUGUGAUCUUUCAACUAAGCAUGAACAUUUGCGCACCAGUGUCACAAUUGCAUUGGUGGGCAAAUACACUCAACUUGAAGACUCAUAUGCUUCAGUCAUCAAAGCCCUGCAACAUGCAGCUCUUGCAUGUAAUCGAAAAUUGGAACUUAAAUGCAUUGAAGCUGAAGACAUAGAAGAGGGAGCAAAGGCCAUUCGACCUGUCAAAUAUUAUGAAGCUUGGCGGAAUGUUUGCAAGUGCAAUGGAAUUAUUGUGCCUGGAGGAUUUGGACAGAGAGGAAUGGAAGGAAAAAUUGCUGUGUGUAAAUGGGCUAGAACCAUGAAGAAGCCUCUGCUUGGAGUUUGUCUUGGUCUACAAGCUGCUGUUAUUGAAUUCAGCAGGAAUGUGCUAGGGUGGGGAGAUGCCAAUAGUCAAGAAAUGUAUCCUGAUGGAACUUGUCAUGUGAUUAUUGAAAUGCCCGAACACAACCCAGGAGAACUUGGUGGGACUAUGCGCUUAGGCAAGAGGCAAACACUGUUCAAGACCCAAGACUCAAAGCUUCGGCAGCUGUAUGGCAAUGUGGAUUUUGUGGAGGAGAGGCACAGACACAGGUUUGAAGUAAAUCCAAAAUUGGUGGCAGAUAUUGAAGCAACAGGAAUGAAAUUUGUGGGUCAAGAUGUGGAUGGGGAGCGCAUGGAGAUCAUGGAGUUGGAGGACCAUCCUUAUUAUGUUGCUUGCCAGUACCACCCAGAAUAUCUCACAAGACCACUGAAGCCAUCACCUCCCUAUCUUGGCCUCAUCUUGGCAGCAAGUGGCAAGUUGGAGCAAUAUUUGGCCAGGGGCUGUCGUAUGACACCAACCAGCUCACCAGUGUCUUCAGAUGAGGAGUUACCAAUGCCACCCCAAGUUCUCACCAAGCAAACUGACAAGUAUAAAGAGGUUCAGUCAUUACACCUCGCAACACUUCCUAAUAGUGAUUCUAGAACUUCUCCAGAUAAGGAAGGUACCUCAAAAGAAGAUGUAAUAUAAUAAAAAAAAAAAUAGGUAACUUUAGUAUAAGAUACCAAGACUUUCCCCUUGCUUGCUUUUUUGGUUUUCUGGUUGAUGAUGGCAGUCAUUGAGACUGUGCUGAUGUACUUAAGGACAUUUGGCAUUCUUUGGAUGAGUGAAGGUUGGCCUCCAGGGAGUGCUGAAACUGUGGGCUAAUGUAAGGGGAUUAGGUCAUUAUUUUUUAGUUUUUAGUUUGCAAAAGGUCUUACUAAACUAAUACUACUGAUUACCAUUCAUAAUGUGGCUUAGAGAUCAGGGAGGUGAAAACAAGAAAUUAGCUGAAAAAUUGCUAAUAGAAUCUAUAUUGUGAUCAGGAGACAGAUGUGAUGUCCCAGAAACAAUAAAUGAACCUGCCAUAACACUCAUAACUAGGCAGCUGAAGUAAUAGCAUCAUGUGAUUGUUUAGACCAGGGCUGGUUUUAAGCUUGUUUAACCAAUUUGAUCAAAUUGGGCCCCGCACCUUAAGGGGUCCUGGGCCAGUGGUGACUGAGUUACCGCUUGAAGCCUUUUCUGUAUUCUAAGAGGAAUAAACCACUACUGAAAACGUGAAAUGAAGAAUGAGAAACUAUUAUUCCUCACGAAAUAUAAACAUAUAUAAAUUUUUACUUUUGUAGAGUAGGGGCCCUGCUAUCAGUUUUCUAAUUGGGCCCUGCAGUUCCUAGCACCAGCCCUGGGUCAGACUGUAAGCAUGUGAAAUCCUUAACAUGCUGAGAAUUAUAGGCAGUUUUACUAGCAUGCAUGCAAAUAUCUGUUAGAAACAAGAUUUCAUUCCAUUGUUUUUCUUUCAGAAAGGUAAUGAUCUUCACUUAGUUAUAGACAAAUUUUGACAUGCCAGAUAUUGCAGUUAUGACUCAUCAAUGAAAUGUUUAUUAAAAUAUUCUGAUUUUCUUACACAUAAGAUAAUAGAACAGGAAUUCGUGGUGCACCUGGUUGUAAAAAAUUUACCCAAAACUAUUUGCUAUGCAUGUUAGGUUUUCUUGUGCAACUCAGUAAUAGAGGUGAUCAGAUAUUUUGUCCAAAUAUGACCCAGUUGCCCAUAGACAACAUUGAGCAUACGCACACUGUAGAAUCUUGGACUUGUACAAUUAAACAUAGGAAAUGGGCUAAACUUUGUUCGUUUUUUAAUCU